AUGACUACUGCAGCUGGAGCACCUGUUGAAGAAGAAGACACAUCUACUUUAAAUAAGAAUUUAUUCAACAAUGAGUUUUUUAUGGAUACUGUUACACACUUCGUCAGAGAAAGAAUACCCGAACGUAUUGUGCACGCGAAGGCCGGAGGCGCUUUUGGUUAUUUCGAAGUAACAGAUGACGUAACUGAUAUAUGCAGAGCGAAAUUAUUUAACAAAGUUGGCAAAAGGACUCCCGUUGCAGUAAGACUUUCCACGUCGGCUACUCAAAGAGGAAGUAUUGACACUUCCAGAGACAUUCGAGGGUUUUCCAUUAAAUUCUAUACAGAAGAUGGUAACUUUGACAUUGCUGGUUUCAACACUCCAAUGUAUAUGUAUAAAGACCCUACGCAGUUUCCCUCUCUAAUUCGCGCAGUUAGAAGAAAUCCCUCAACAAAUCUCUAUGAUGUCAAUACCCUUUGGGACUAUCUGACGGAGUUACCUGAGCUCUUUUUUAUUUAUUUGAUAAUAUUUGGCGAUCGAGGGAUCCCAGACGGCUACCGCCAUAUGCCAGGGUUUGCUAUUCAUACAUAUCAAGUUGUAAAUAAACGCGGAGAAAGUCACUUCAUUAGAUUCCACUUUCAACCAGACGCAGGUAUUAAAAAUCUUAUGACUGAAGAAGCAAGACGGAUAGCGGGAUAUGAUCCUGAUUACGCAAACAGAGAUUUAUAUAAUGCCAUUGCAAAAGGAAACUUUCCGAGUUGGAGUGCAAGUAUUCAAGUCUUGACUGAGAACGACGUUAAAAAUGCUGACUUUGAUGUCUUUGACGUCACGAAGAUACUGCCGCUAAAUAAGUAUCCGUUGCGUCCAUUAGGCCGUUUGGUUUUAAACAGGAAUCCUGUUAAUUACUUUGCUGAAGUCGAGCAGUUGGCAUUUUCUCCUGCGAAUUUAGUUGAUGGUAUUCUUGGAGGUCCAGACAAAUUAUAUGAAUCCCGACGUUUGGCAUACAGAGAUGCUCAGUACCACCGUUUGGGUGGGAAUUUUCUCAAAAUACCUGUGAAUUGUCCCAUGCGACAUAGAGCAUUUGCAUACAACCGUGAUGGUGUGCCUCCUGUUCAUGAUAAUGAAAGAGACAUACCUAAUUACUAUCCUAAUUCGUUUCAUGGACCUGUUCCUUAUAAAGGUAUGCAUAAAGUUGAAUUGAUAAAGAUAAAAGAGGAGGCUGCAAAUAAUUACGAUCAAGCUCGAGAGUGGUACCUAAACGAAAUUAGGCCGUCAGAAAGGAAAAGAUUAGUGCAAAACAUAGUGGAUAGUUUGAGACCUGCUGCGAAAUUUUUACAUGACCGGGCUCUGGAUAUAUAUACUCGUAUACAUCCAGAUCUCGGGGCACAAGUACGGCAAGCUCUGCUAGCAAACAACACUGGUACUGGGGAUAUGUAA